GUAAAUAUGUUCCUUGGUCGUGACUGUCAUAUCUGUGUCCAAUCCAAUCUGACGUCUGUUUCUUGUUUCUUCCGUGGUUUCCUUUUGCUUUUUUGGUUAGGCGUUUAAUAGUAUUUUCAUUAAAUAUUUCAUAAAAUUUUGCAAGAAGUUUAGAAACACCAAUUAUGCCAGUUGCUGAUGAAAUUCAGUCCUCAUGGGCUGAUGAAGUGGAAAUAGAUCAGGGUGCGCUUCCACCACCGUCAGAAGUGGUUGAGAAUGGGCUCAAAAUUGUUACAGAAUAUAAAUACGACAAUGACAAUAAGAAAGUCAAAAUUGUUCGUACAUAUAAAAUUGAAAAGCGUGUCGUCUCAAAGAGUAUUGCAAAACGUAAAACAUGGGAUAAAUUUGGUGAUUCAGCGAAUGACAAACCGGGUCCUAAUCCAGCCACCACCAAUGUUUCUGAGGAUGUGUCUAUGCAGUUCAUUACAAGCAAAGAGGAGGCCCAACGUCCUGACGAGGGUGAUCUAGAGGCCCUGAAGGCAAGACCCACAAAAGUGUUGUUCAAGUGUCGUACAUGCCAGGGAGAACAUUGGACCUCGAGUUGUCCAUUCCAGCAUACCCAAGUAGCUCAAGCUAAAGCAAAUGAAGCAGCCAAGGCCGCUGAAGCCAAAGCGUCCACUACUAACAAGUAUGUUGCUCCAAACAUGCGCGAGGGCGCAUCUCGUGGCACUGCCCGCGAACCGCCCGGCGCACGACGAGACGACCUGGCCGCCAUACGCAUCUCCAACUUGAGCAACUUUGCUGUAGAAGCAGAUUUGGAUGACUUGGUCAAAGGCUUCGGACCAGUGCAGAAGUUAUAUCUUGCUAAGGAAAAGAGUACUGGCCAGUGCAAAGGAUUUGCUUAUGUGCAUUUCAAGUUCAGAGCUGAUGCUGCUAAAGCUAUUCUAACUUUGAAUGGUUAUGGUUAUGAUCAUCUUAUAUUGAACGUGGAGUGGUCCAAACCACCCCAGAGCAACUAAUGUAUGUUACAUAAUAUAACAGAUUAAUGAAUAAAUUUGAAUAAUCUAG